AUGGAGAAUGAAACAACUGACCUUUUAGGAAACUAUUUAUCUUACCAAGAGCAUUAUUUCUGCGUCAAAGAUAUAAUAGAAAAGCAAAUGGAAUUUUAUGCUAUGUGUAGUGAAGACUUGAAUGAAAUUCAGAAUCAACUUAGUAAUGUGGAAGAUAGUGAUGAAAACUAUGACCUGAUUGCCCCAGAAACACAAAACAUUGAGCGUCAAGAUAAAGAUGAACGUGCACAAGACCUUCAUCCAGAAUUCAAUUACAUCUAUGACCUAUCUGGUGAUCUUGGAAUUCCAUCAGCUGCAUCUAAUACUGCAUGA